AACUACCGUAACUACUUUCUAUAAAUGCCACCAUUGUUCCAUUACAUAGAAAGGUUAGGCAAAUUGUAAGACAAGUUGUGGUUGCGCUGAUUGAGGAACAUGGCCACUGGAGCUACGGAUGGACUUUUCCGGUCGCUCUACGAAGGGAGCAUCUCCAGCUGCGACAUCGGAAUGGAGCGCCGGCCGUACCACCGGAACUGCCGCUGUGCCCUCCACGACAAGUCACGCGGGAAUUGUUCCCGUGCAUUCCCAAAGUGCAAGAACGUGUCUUACCCUAUGAGGAGAUCUUGGAGUGAGGGAUGCUUGGCCAUGGCAGCAGCUUAUUGUCAUUCUUCUCCGUCUUCUUCACCGGUUUUGGCUGGGGUUCAUGGGCCUGGGAAGCAGCAAUUGGAAUCAUAUAAAGAAGAGGAGGAAGAUAAUCAACUGGCAACGGCUAAGGUGUGAAAUUGAAUAAGAAAGGGAAUGAAUAAACUUUGGCCUUUUUAUGAUACUGGGAUCAUGUUUUUGUUCUGGUUUUAGAAUAAGUGCAGAUCAUAGGGUGAUGAGGUAAGGAAAUUCUGUUAAUUAUUGAUUGUAAAAACAUUGGAAGGUUUUGAGAAGGUUUUUGAUUAAUGCCAUCUUUUUUGAUUAAUUGGACUAGUAAAUCCAAUAUUUAUGGCAAAAAGAAUGGCCUAAAUCAAAAUUGGCUGCUCUGUACUUGUGUUAAAAAUUUUUUUAUAUAUAAAAUCCUUUCAUC